AUGGCUCCGGGCAUGGGAGCGGGCAGCAGCGACGGGCGGCACGAUGACGAGGCCGUACUCACUGAGUUCCUCUCCUCCCUCAUGGACUACAACCCCAUGAUUCCGGACGAGCUCGUGGAGCACUACCUCGGCCGCAGCGGCUUCCACUGCCCUGACCUACGCCUUACAAGGUUGGUUGCUAUAGCUACUCAAAAGUUCAUUUCAGACGUCGCAAGUGACUCCCUUCAGCAUUGCAAAGCCAGGGUUGCAGCACCUAUCAAAGACAACAAGAGCAAACAACCGAAGGAUAGACGUCUUGUAUUGACAAUGGAUGAUCUUUCAAAAGCCCUGCGUGAGCUAGGAACAUCUUACCAGCAUACCAGUACAAAGGCACCUUACAUGAAAUCAGCAUUUAAGCUCCUGACACUUACAUGUCUAAUUGACAAACGAUUUCCUACAGUUUUGCCUUCUAACCAUGUUUUGGAGGCCAUACUGGUGGCAGCUCCUUAA